GACCCGUCCGCGCGGCGACCCACAAUCCCCCGCGCCAGGACAAGAUGGAAGAAAGCAGCGACCGCAGGAGAACAAUGUUUUGGCAAUAAAACCCCGAAAGUGGCGAACAACGGAAGAAAAUACACGUUUCAAACCCGCUGCUGCGAUGUGUAGGAUAUCCUCCUGCAUCCUUUUCUAGUUUUCUCACCUCCCUUCCUCCCUCACCCCUCUUGCACGGCCCCCCGCCGCCAUGAGCAUCAUCCAGGACAAACUGGGAAACGAGUUUUUGCGUAACAGUGGAAUGGACCCCAACUUUGCGCCGGGCAUGUUGAUGUUCAGCCACCUGCCGCCCGUCACCAGCUUCACGCGCCUAUCUUCCCAAUCGGUCAUGGGCGAGCUGCCCCAGGAGAUGGUGCUGAAGAAGGAGCGGGACUCGCCGCCCGACCACCCAGGAGUUCAGGGCGCCAACGGUGGCUUCCUCCACAGCAUGGGCAUCAAGCAGGAGCGCCUCAGCGAGCUGGACUACCGCAUGCCCGUGUACGCCUCGAGCGCGGGCAGCUGUGGCGCUGCCGGCGGGAAGGACAUGCUGGAGAUCUCCUUCGGCAACCAUCACCACAACCACCAGGGCAUGCUCCUGCAUGACCUCAGCCUGGCCAACGUGCGGCCGCUGGGGGAACCGGUACCGGGCCGCCCUGGCAGGGAACCCAAGGAGCAGACGGGCCGACGCGGGCGGAAGAAUGGAGAAGGGCAGGGCGGGAAGUCCCGGAGAAAGAGAGGCGAUGCAAAGGCCAUGCUGCUGGACCCAGACGGCUCCUGCCUGUCGCCGAGCUCCAAACCACACAUCUGCGAGCACUGCAGCGCCGCCUUCCGCAGCUCCUACCAUCUGCGCAGACAUGUGCUCAUCCACACAGGUGAGAGGCCCUUUCGGUGCAGUCAGUGCAACAUGAGCUUCAUCCAGAAGUACCUGCUGCAGAGACAUGAGAAGAUCCACAGUGGAGAGAAGCCCUUCUGCUGUGACCAGUGCAACAUGCGCUUCAUCCAGAAGUACCACAUGGAGCGACACAAGAGGACGCACAGUGGCGAGAAGCCUUAUCGCUGUGAGACCUGCCAACAGUUCUUCUCGAGAACCGAUCGGUUACUGAAGCACAAGAGAACCUGUGGAGAAGCCAUAAAGAGGGGCCUAGACCCCAGCAUGCUGGAGCUCAGCGAAGCGGAGCUGGGCCAGGGCAGCUUCUCGCUCACUCAGGGAAACGCCCCCGCCUCAGGCCGCAAGCGGGCCAAGUCCAAAAACAGCGAGGGUGGCGAGCGCAAGAGGAAGAAGAACGUGGCGGGCGCGUCGUCGUCCUCCGGGGACAUGGGCGUGCAGAACUUUGGCAUGGAGCAGCUGUCGGGCUCCGGCCCGCAGAUACGCACGCCCAAGCUAAUGUUCAAGAAAGCCGGCCGCAAGAGCCUGAUUCUGGGGGAGGACGCCGGCGGGCAGAAGCUCCUAUCCCAGAAGCCCGGAGCCACGGAGCACGCGGCGGGGUCCGGGGACCCAGACGGCAUGGGUCUCCUGCUGGGCCCUGGGCCAGCCAAACAGGGCCCAGCCACCACCAGCAACUAUGACGACGCCAUGCAGUUUGUGAAGAAGCGGCGCUACCUCCACGCGGCCAAUAGCGACUACGGGGCGGGCGUCCAACAGGGCCCCCUGGGGCCCGAGCCCACGCUGGCCAUGCUGGACAACUCGCCAUUGGAGCUCAAGCACGACAAAUCAGGCAUCCCGGACGAGGUGCUGCAGAGCCUGCUAGAGCACUAUUCCCACAAGACAGAUGGCGCACAGCACCACCACCACCACCACCACCACCAGCAGCAGCAGCAGCAGCACCACCAGCACCACCUCGACGUCAACUUUGACCUCUCAGACCACCCCCACCACGUGGACCUGCAGCCGGCCGCCCCCGUUACCCCCGAGCUGGAGGAGGACGAGUCGGGCGGGGACAAGACGGUGGUGAUGAGCGAGUACUCCAAGUUCCUCCUGCAGGCACUGGAGCGCACCAGUCACAGCGGCCCGUUCCCCAGCCUGGGCCCCAGCGGGCCCUUCCCCACGCCUUUCCCCCUGCUGGCGAGCAGCUCCAGUCCCACGGGGCCGCUGUUCUCGGAGAAGCACGUGUACUCCACGUCGACGCUGGAGUGCGUCUACCCCCCCGCCAUCGCCUCCCCGCUGCCGGUGGCACCGCCACCGUCCGCCAGCAGUUCCGCCUCCUCGACCGCCGCCGCCUCCUCCUCCUCCGCCAGCUCCAAGUCGAGCCACUACGGCCUGCUGGUGGGCUCGCCCGCCCAGCCCGCCUUCCACCUGGGCGUGGAGCAGCAGCAGCUCACCCCCUCCCAGGAGCUGACGGAGCAGCUGGAGAAGCAGCAUUCCCCCGGGGCCUUCGGGCUGCCGCCUCCCCAGGACCUUUCGUCCCCCGGGGAGGGCCCCAAGAGAGCCCCGGGCCCAAAGGCCGGGGGCGGUGGAGCCACUGCCAACGGCUUGGGAUACCCGGACCUGGCGGCGACGCUGGACGGGCCCAAGGAAUCCCCCUACCAGAUAGAGAACUUUGCGCAGGCCUUCGGUUCCCAGUUCAAGUCCGGGCGCCACACGCCGCUGGGGGGCUACGGCCCCGGGGGAGAGGCGGACCCCCGCAUACGGACGGCCGUCUCCGAAUUCUCAGGGUACACCAGUCUGCUGGCCGAUGUCGGCGAGCCGGUGAGCGCGGGGGUCAAGACCCCGACAAGCCAAAGCUUCAGAUAAGGGUCACGUGUCGGCCCUGGGUCCGGCAGGGGACAGGGCUUCCUUGCGGGGAGCCCCUCCCCCAUUCUCUUACUUUGCGUUUCGUAGCGCGGCAACAUACAGGAACAGAUGAACAGAAGAACACGGAAAUGAAACACUGCCAAUGUCGAUACUCUACCAGGGAGGGUCUUCCAUGGCCUCAAAUGCAAUUUUAAAAAAAUAUUCAUUUUUUUUGUACUAUGUAUUUAGUCUUUCUUUUUUUGUAGAGUAGUGGGUAAGAUGAACAUAAACCGUAGAUAUAAAUGUAAUUUAAAGACAUUUAGAGGGUAGCUAUGAACAUGCUUGAUUUAUUUUUGUUGAAUUUCUUACUCUGAAACUUGUGUUUUAGUGAUCACCAGGCCAUUGUAAAGUAAUAACUGAUGAUGUUGAUCGUUUCAAUAAUGUUUGUUGCAGGGAAAGGCCCAGAAUUCAAAUGGCAAAAAAAGUAUAUAUUGUCUGUUACAAAAUGUAUUAACUCAGGAAAUAGGCAAAAUUGUGUAAUAAGAAUUGUAUUUUGAGAUGCAAUGAGUUCACUUUUUACAGGUGUACUUUAAGACUAAAAAGCUUUCUUUUUUCUUAUUAUUUUUUUUUUUUACUCACGAAAAAGUUCCAGAAGCUUCCAUUUUGUUUCAUGUUUUGAUUUCUGUACAGCUUUGUCGAGAUUAUGGUACAGUUGUGUCGAUGUGAAGAUAUCCACUGACGCAUGUUUUACUUUUAAAUAUUUCUUUUUUAUAAAGGGCUACUUGUGCACAACAGUUCAAAUGGAUUCUUGUUGUUUUUAAACGCUCGCUCACACCAGACUGUUAACCCAAAUCCAACGAUCGAUAUUUGGUACGUUUUAAGGCCAGCGGUCAACGAAAAUACCCCCCCCGUUACCCGCGGUGCCCCUGGUUAACCAUGUGGCCCCUGGUUACCCACGGUGCCCCUGGUUAACGGCUGUGCCCCUGGUAAACCAUGUGGCCCCUGGUUAACGGCUGUGCCCCUGGUUAACCAUGUGGCCCCUGGUUAACCGCUGUGGCCCCUGGUUAACCGCUGUGGCCCCUGGUUAACCGCUGUGGCCCCUGGUUAACCAAGUGGCCCCUGGUUAACCGCAGUGGCCCCUGGUUAACCGCUGUGCCCCUGAGCGCAGGACUCCUGUACGUCGGCAGGGCGUGCUGUAUACCUGGUCUAUUCCAAUCCUCGCUGGGACUUUCCAGUUCGUCAAAUUAAUCAAAAAGCACUUUUUUUUCUUUUUUUUAAACAAAAACAACGUUUGAUCUAACAGGAACCCAUCCGGACGUGCGUGUUGACUGAUGGUUUAUAUUAGUUUUUAACGAGGAGAAAACUGUGAACGGGGAGUAAGGAGUCUAUGGGCUUAGAUAAGAGUUGAUAUGCAUGGGCAUUUAGAUGUACUCUUUUAAUGGGUGGGUGGGUAAUGUAAAAAAUAUGAAAUGCCAUAACUUUCUUACUAUACAAUAUUCUGCGAGUACCUCUUUUGUAUUUAAGUUGUCUUGAGAGAGGGACAGAAAUGCUGGAAUCGCUGUUUAUUUUUUAUGACAAUGUUUUUUUUUUAUAUCACACUGUUGGGAAGUUCUGACCGCUGGAUGCGUCCAUAACCUGUUACAUUGUAUUUAUUCUCCUCUCGCUGCACACGCCUAGUUUGAAGCGUGUUCAAAAAAACAAUCCUGUUUCGCUUUAUUGCCACCUCCUUGAUUUAUCAACCCCAAAGAUCACACACUGCAGUGAUCCAGGGCACACUACGCCUCUUAUCUCCCCCACACCCCACUGCAACUACCAACAACUAGUAUUUUAUACAGUCCCCAACGCUCUUGUGAGGGCGGUCGUGUGCUCACAAUAGAACCAUGGCCUUCGCUGUCUUCCAGGGGCGCUGUCCGGCCAGCCAGGGUCUAACUUCUCCUACAUCUGUGAGCUCUACAACCAAGAGACUUUGAAGCACAUCGGUUUGCAGGGAAAAAAGACUGACUGAUGACCAGCUUUACUAAUUCACGUGCACACACUAUGCUUUCAGCGAAGAGGGAGGAACAAGCAGUUAAGAGAUGGAGCAAAAGAUGGACGGGGGAGAGAAAUGUCCACCAAUAGGAUUGACCUAAAUAUACCUCAUAUCAUUGACGCGUUAAAAGGCAGGGAUGUGCGUUUCUUGUAUGUUAUGGAAACAUUUGUAGGAUAGGUUGUUUAAUCAUCUGACACAGCACCCGUGUUUACAUUGUUUCUUUUUUUGAGACUGCAAUUGACUUGUUGAAAUGCAAAUGUAUAAUUUUAUUUUUAUUUUAUUUUGGGUCUGUAAAAGCAUUCACGCCGUGCAGUGUUCAAUUCUCGAUGCCUAGGGGAGAACGAUUUUUUUUUUCUCAUCCUAUAUCCGGUAUUUCUGUUACUCGCCAUAAUGUGUUUUUAUAUGAUCUGUAGAAGGACAUUGUUUACAAAAAUGUACAAAACACUAAAAAUUUGUUCAUUUGUUUUGGGUGUCUUGAUCUGACCUGCAUGACGAUACCAUGUUUCUAUGGCUUCCUUCAGGUCAUCUCAACACCAGAUUUUGUAGCAGAACCUCCGUUCUCCCUUUGGUUGGAUUUCUUGUGCAUCCCUUUGUGAAAUGGUUUCCAGGGCUGUAACGGUUAACUUUAUGAAUGGAUUAGAAAAGCCAAUAAAAAAAAAAUAAGCAUUUGUUAUAAAAAAAA